CGCUCUCCCCGGGGCGCACUACCGAGCCUUUUCCGCCUUUUCGGCACGAGCAAAACAGCAGCGAGAAGCGACACAGGGGGAGAGAGAAGAAAUACCUUCAAAACCCCUCACCCCAAUCCGCCGCCGCUAGUGCCCACUGCGCGCGCGGCGACCGACGGGCGAGAGAGCAGGCGACGGCCGGCGACGGGGAGCAGCACGCGAUCCUCACCGGCGCCUCUACAUCCGUGGUUCCAGCGUGAGAGCAAAGCAGCAAAAUGAAUGGCCACCUAAGCUUUGAGGAAGGCUGGAAGGUCCUGGAACAGGGUAUCGUAAAAUGCUCAAAGAUUUUGGAGUGCACUAGUACAAGGCCUACUGUGGCUGAGUACAUGAAUUACUAUGACUGUUCUUACAGGAUGGCUGUGCAGAAACAGCAUUAUUGUCAGGAAAUGUACAAUGGUUUCAAGACAACGCUUGCAGAUUGUGUCCGUGCAAUGGUUCUGCCACAUCUCAUGCACAAGAAAAAUGACUGCUUUUUUAGAGAGCUUUUGAAAAUGUGGUCAAACUAUGCCAUCAUGGUUAGAUGUGUAACUGGCUUCUUUAGCUAUUUGGACCGCUGCUAUGUGGAGCAGUACAAACUACCAUCACUAAGCGACGCUGCUGCUACUUCUUUCUUUGGUCCAGUCUUUUCCUUCUUCGGUGAUGAAGCAAGAACUGCUCUUCUUACAAUGAUCCGUCAAGAACGUGAUGGAAAUAACAUGGAUUCAGGCUUUCUGGAUGUUAUGCAUGGCAUAUGUCGUUCUGAAGUCAAAACAUUAAUGCAAAAUGCUGUUCUUCAAGACACGUAUGACUACUACUCCAUGAGAAGUUCUGAAUGGAUUGUGCACUACUCUCUGCCAGAUUACCUUGCUAAGGUUCAGGAAAGUAUGGAAAAGGAAACCAAUAGACUGGCUUACUAUCUGAAUAUUUCAAGUGACAAUAGCUUCGACCUCUGUUUACAGGCUGUUAAUGCUCCAUUGAUGGAAACUUACGACAGUUACGCAAGGGAGAAACAAAUUGGUGGCCAGCUUUUGCUUCAAACAUACAAGACUGUUGAGGAGGAACUGCUUGGCAGAUGCAGUAGCUUGACACUUGGUGGUUGUUCAGGCAGCAAUUCUUUCGAUUGAGUGGAGUAGAAAGGCAACUUUUCCUAACAUCCACCAUGACCCAGCUUACAUACAGUAGAUCUUUUAGAACAUGGCCUGCAUGAAUUAAAACUAUUGUGCAGCUCGUUUUUGGUACAGCUCAAAGCUACCCAGCUCCCAGUCUAGAGCUUGUUGACUUGUCUAGCAGAUUUGGCUGCUGAUCUGAAUGGUGAGAUUUCAGUUGAGAUUUAUACAUAUGCUAUUCGUGAUUUAUACA